AUGUCAAAAUCAGAUGGAAAAUUUUCAGUUUUUAAUUCUCAUUUUCAUUUGAGAGUCAGAAUAAAUUCUUUAAGUCCACUUUUAGUGUUCACAGACACAACUAAAAUGUUUGAUAUCUUUGACACGACAUUUAGGAUAUACCGUGAUGGACACAAUCCGAUAACACACUUUUUAUUCGUCCAGAACAUGACUUUUGAUCAAUUAAGCUUGCUAUUAAUGUUGGAAGUAUUUCAACGAUAUCAGAAGAUUCCAACAUUUGGUGGAUCAAUAUUCGAGUACUUAAUAUUCAUCACAAAUGAGGCAGACACAGUCCAACUAUCGACAUUCGAGUGGUUCAGUCCACAUGGCUGUGAUCAGCUUCAACUGUCAAAAUUGAAUAGUUUCAACAAAAAAUCUCAAAAAUGGAACUCGAAACUUGAAUAUUAUGAAAAGUUCUUGAAUUAUCACAAUUGUGAGCUGAUCAUGAUGCUUCCAACAUUAAGAGAUGAUGAGUCUCUUGAACAUAUGUCAGGAUAUAUGACAUCAGAUAAGGAUUUAAGGAAUAUUGAGUUUAAAGGCAUCUCGCCAGAAAUUUUAAGGAUUAUCUCUAAAAAUCACAAUUUUACAAUUGACUAUCAGCCAGUCAUUAUGAGCAUAUUUUGGAUGCGAGACAUAUUUAACAGUUCAAUUGAGGCUGUAAAAUUAGAAGGAAAGGAACUUAAAAAACCGCAUAUUUAUUUUGAAAUUGUGCCAGCAACAAUACGACAUGUUUAUUUAACAUUCUCAAAUGUUGUAAGUAACUUGAAUAUUUUGAUGUUUGUGACACCGGCUGAGACAUAUACAGCAUAUGAGAAGUUUAUCCUUCCGUUUGACAUGCUGACAUGGAUUUUAGUGCUGACAACAUUUGUAGCAACAUUCUUAUCAAUAUUCAUCAUCAAUCAUUUCUCAAAAUCAGCACAGAGUCUCGUUUAUGGACAUAAAGUGGACACACCAUUCUGGAAUGUCAUCAGCAUCUUCUUUGGCAUUUCACAGACUCGACUGCCAAACAGGAACUUUUCGAGAUUCAUUUUGCUGAUUUUCAUUUAUUUCUGUUUGAUUUUUCGGACCUGCUUUCAAAGUAAAUUCUUUGAGUUUAUGACAAGUGAGCCUAGAAAGCCACCACCAAAGACACUUGAGGAUUUAUUAACUAGAAGCUACACAGUUUAUACAGUCUCAUCAACUUUUGCAGUGAAAUACAAAUAUUCGGAGUUGGAAAAAUGGCCUCCAGUUAAAGUUGUAAAAUCACGAUCCUUCCUCAACUUAUAUUCAACACAGUCGCAGAACUCUUCAGCUAAGUUGGCUCUGAUUGUCGAUGAAAUUUUCACAAAUUACUUUGACUCAAUCUCAAAACAGAGAAACCACGAGUGGAAUAAACUUGAUUCUGUCUUGUUUACGACUCACGAUAAUUUUAUAUUUUUUGGAUCCUGUUUUUAUGCAGGCAUGCUUCACCGAGCCAUUAACAAUUUAAUUCCAACUGGAGUUAUGGAUUAUUUGAUCGAAAACUUUUACACAAAACGAUGGAAAUUCGAGAAUGAGGAAGCAGAACCAAAAGUAUUGAGCCUUGAUGACCUUUCGUUUGGAUUUAAUAUUUGGCUUGGAAGUUGCUUGGUGUCAUUUGUUGCAUUUGCUGCUGAGCAUGGCAUUGCAUACAUUCUAAGACCAAAAAAAUUGAAAUUCGCAAAAGUUCUUCCGAUUCGUUAUAAAAAUAUGUUUCAGGAAUCGAGGAACUUAUCACCAGAUUUGAUAAAUAUCUUCAGAGUUCAAAAAGCUGCAUAUGAUUGUUCACAGUCAUUAACGGCUAAUGUUGAUGACGAAAAUCUUGUUUUGGACUCAAUUGUGCUUUUAAGAGCUCAAUCUGAAAGCAACUGGUUUUUUUAA